AGAUCUUGCAAGUAGUAGCUCUCCAGUCUGUAGACUUGUAGAUGCAGAGCAGUGAAGCGCGAGUAUCCCAAGAAUUUUUCCCCAGAACAUUGGACCUUUUCAAAUACGGCCCAAUAGGCCACAGGCCCCAAGUCUCUAACAAUAAGCAGACGGCCCAACCCAUCUCGCAUCCAAGAUCCAUCGAAUCCAGCGAGUAGCCGAUGCUGGCUGUUCUCACGACGGCGUCCAGCGGCCUCGGCGUCGUCCAUCGCUUCACCUGUCUCCUCCUCAGUGGUGGUGUAUCGCGGCGCAUGCAACGUGGCCAGCAGCCCGCCGCCGCCAGAUGCCAACGCUGCCCUCCGACAUGGGACGGUGGUGCACGGGUCGAACGCCACGCCGGGCCGGCUGAACGAAACCAAGGUGCUCGACGAAACGGCUCCCCCGGAAAUGGCGUCGGGGUUACCUUCGGAUGAAAUGCUAGCUUUCACGGCAGCGGCAUCGUGCCAUCGGCCAUCCACGGUGCAUCCUCGCGUGAACCCUCCAGCCAGCCUGCCAGUGCCAGUGAGAUGUGAAUGCUGCACCAAGAGCUUCGUGACAGGACGGACAGGGCAACGCGACAGGGACGCCCAUUGAUUCUCCCUGUCAAGGAGGUCCUAGCCAAAACGGGGCGAGCCCACGCGUACGGAUCCAGCCACCACCCGCCGCGCCCCAAAAUCCCCGAAACGGAGCGCCUAGCUGUGCGCCGCUGCCAACAAACGGCCAGCCAGUAGCACUGGUGCGUGCCGUGUCGUCUCGCCCCGGCGUGCAGGGGAGCGAGAGCGACGACGACAUGGGCAAGCUCUGCCUCUUGGUGUGCGCCGUCUCGCUUCUCCUCGCUGUGGUCUCGUCGCCGGAGUCCGUACUGGCGGCGUCGUCGCCGCCCCCCGCCCGGCGCCGCUACGGCUCCAUCUUCAGCCUCGGCGACUCGUACGCGGACACCGGCAACGGACCCGUCGUCUUCGGCUGGCACUCCAUCGCCAACCCCGUCAUGCGCCCGCCCUAUGGCUCCACCUUCUUCGGCCGCCCCACCGGCCGCAACUGCGACGGCCGCCUCCCCAUCGACUUCCUCGCUGAGAGCCUGGGCCUGCCGCUCGUCCCGCCGUUCCUGGCGCGCAGCGGGACCGCCACCUUCCGCCGCGGCGCCAACUUCGCCGUCGGCGGCGCCACCGCCCUCGACGCCAGCUUCUUCCACCGCUGGGAUCCCCCGGGCGGCAGCGUGUUCCCGCUCAACACCAGCCUAGGCGUGCAGAUGCAGUGGUUCGAGUCGCUCAAGCCCUCGCUCUGCGCCACAACCAAGCAAUGCAAGGAGCUGUUCGGCAGAUCACUCUUCUUCGUCGGCGCAUUCGGGGCCAACGACUAUCUCCUCUCCUUGGCUGCCAAGAGCAUCGACGAAGUCAGAUCGUUCGUUCCGGACGUCGUCAGGAACAUCUCCAUGGCCGUCGAGAGGCUGAUCCGGCACGGGGCGACGACGCUGGUGGUCCCCGGCGUGAUCCCGGUGGGCUGCGCGCCGCCGGUCCUCGUCACGUUCGCCGACCCCGACCCGGCAGGCUACGACCCCCGGACGGGCUGCCUGAAAGCGAUCAACGACCUCGCCGCCCACCACAACGCGCUGCUACAGGACGCCCUGCGCGAGCUCCAGGCCAAGCAGCGCCCGGCCGGCGCCGUCACCGUCGUCUACGCCGACUUCUUCCGACCCGUCAUCGAGAUGGUCACGUCGCCGGCCAAGUUCGGGUUCGAAGACGUUCUUACACUCUGCUGUGGAGGGCCGGGGAGGUUCCACUACAACAAGCAGGUUUUCUGCGGCGAUCCGGGGGCCAUCAGGUGCAGGGAUCCAUCUGCCCGGCUGUUCUGGGACGGUGUGCAUCUGACGGAGGCGGCCUACCGGCACGUCGCCGCCGGCUGGCUGAGCAGCAUAGAGUCGCCGCGAAGUGCCGGAGCUGGUACCAACAGGACGGCUCCAACUGCAACCGUGGAGUUCCCGUGCUAACGAGCGUUGAAAGCAACCAACCGAAAGCAUAAAGUUAGGGCAUGAAUGGCGAGUAGCAUAUGACACCAGCUUUCGACCUCCCGUGAUAGAGAGUGACUCUGAAAGAUAGAUGACUAAGUUCAUGGAUGCAUUGGUGCCCCUUGGCUUGUUGCUUUUAUUGAGUGACCAGAUCUAAAUUUGUGACGACCAUAUGGAAAGCUGAGGGACCGUACGAGUAAGGGAGCAUGCUUGUGAAA